AUGGCUUUCCUCGCCAGUUUCCGCGUUUGGAUGCUCUUGCCUGUCAUUCUCAUGGCAGGCAAGGGUCUCGCCCUCAACGUGGACGCCUUCGAGGACCUCCGCGAUGUCGUUGGUCGUGACGCUCUCGCUGUUGAUCGCUACCCCGCUAUGGCUGCUGAUCGCUUUGUUCACGCUGUUCGUGCUGUGGCCGAGAUCACCGGCGUGACCUUCACAGUUGGCGAUGGCAAGACUUCUGAGACCUCUACCAGCAACACUGAUGUGACUCGCGUUACCUUCUCGGUCGAGCCCACCACUACCUCUGGCGACGUCACUCGCGUUACCAUCUCGAUUGAGCCCACCAGCACCUCGGAGGCCUCCUCUACUUCUGGCGAUGUGACCCGUGUGACCUUCUCGAUUGAGCCUACUGGAACCUCCAAGGUCUCUUCCACUUCCACCGAGGUGACCCGUGUCACUAUCUCGAUCAAACCCACUGGAACUUCCGAGGUUACCACCACCGAGACUGAGACUGAGGGUUGCGGCGGUGAGGAGACUACCAUGACCUUCGACAUUUCUCCUACCAGCACCGUUCCUGCCUCGACUACCGCCACGGAGACCAGUACCAAGUUGACUUUCACCGUCAACCCUACCAGCACUGCCACCGAGACCGAGACCGAGACUGAGACUGUGACCUGCUCUCACUCCUCGUCCCCUUGCCACACCUCGAAGACCACUUCGACUGGAUUUGGGUUCACCAUUUCCCUGACCAGCACUAUCACCAGCACUUCUUCGGGAACUCCUGUGACCUCUGGAAGCACCCUGACUGUCAAGCCUUCUUCCACUCCCGGCGUCAAGGCCACAAGCACCAAUAGCUCCGUUGAGACCACCCCUCACAAGACUUUUACCAGCGCACUAGGUACUUCGACUGCUACCAUCACCUUCAACGGUGCCCACAAGCCGGAGACCUUCAAUAAGCUGACUGCCAGUGGUCUGCUCCUGCUUGUCAUCAAGCUCGUCCUGUGA